CUUAUUAGCAUCAAUGGAUUUUAUGGUUAUUCUUGGUUUAUUUGUAUCUUACUUAUUAUUCCAAGCCACUUUAUCAGUAUUUGGGUAUGGCAAACCCAAAACCUUACCACCAGGCCCGACCCGACUACCUAUCAUUGGAAACCUUCACUUGCUUGGUGACCAACCACAUCAAUCCCUAACCAAACUAGCCAAAAUUCAUGGCCCGAUAAUGUCCUUAAAACUUGGUCAUAUCACCACAGUAGUUAUUUCCUCGGCUGUAGCCGCCAAAGAAGUACUACAAAAGCGAGACCUUGAUUUCUCUAGUCGUCAUAUCCCAGAUGCCUUAAAUGCCCAUAACCACUCCAAAUACUCCGUAGCGUGGCUCCCUGUUGGUACCCAAUGGCGAACCUUACGUAAAAUUCUUAGCACCAACAUUUUCACCACUAACUCCCUUAAUUCUAACCAACAUUUAAGGCGCCAAAAAGUGAAUGAUCUCAUAGCAUACUGCAAGAAAGCUAGCCAAGCUAAUGAGUCGGUAGAUAUUGGCCGAGCAGCUUUUAGAACCACUAUGAAUCUCUUAUUUCACACAAUUUUCUCUAGAGACUUAACAAACCCAUAUGAGGAUUCAGGUAAGGAAUUUAAAGAAGUGGUUGGAAAUAUCAUGGUGGAAGCAGGUAAACCAAAUCUAGUAGAUUAUUUUCCGAUUUUUAAAAAGCUUGACCCGCAAAGGAUUAGAACAAGAUUGAGUCAUCAUUUUGGAAAACUUGUUGACAUAUUUGAGAACUUAAUUAAUGAGAGAUUGGGAAUGGGUGGAUCAAACCAAAACGAUGUAUUGAAUAUGUGUCUCAAAAUAAGUCAAGAGAACCCAGUUGAGUUUAAUCAGGCACACAUCAAGAGCUUGUUUCUGGAUUUGUUCGCAGCUGGCACCGAUACAACUUCAAACACGUUAGAAUGGGCAAUGACAGAAUUACUUCGCAACCCACUAGUUAUGGAAAAGGCUAAAUUGGAGGUUGCAGAAGUCGUUGGUAAAGGUAAAAUCGUAAAAGAGGAUGAUAUCUUGAACCUACCUUAUUUAUCCUGCAUUGUGAAAGAGACCUUACGAGUGCAUCCUCCGGUACCCCUCUUGCUUCCUCGAAAAGUUGAGAAUGAAGUAAAUCUCAAUGGAUACAUCAUUCCAAAAGGCACACAAGUGCUUGUGAAUGCAUAUGCCAUAGGAAGAGACCCAACCAUUUGGGAAGACUCACUAGAGUUUAACCCAGAAAGAUUUAUGACAUCUAAACUUGAUAUCCGAGGUCAAGAUUUUGAGUUAAUCCCAUUUGGUGCUGGAAGAAGAAUAUGUCCUGGUUUGCCACUUGCAAUGCGUAUGUUACAUGUCAUGUUAGGCUCAUUACUAAAUAACUUCGAUUGGUAUAUAGAUACGAAAACUAAAUCUAAGGAACUGGAUAUGACCGAGAAGUUUGGACUCACGUUACAAAAGUCAAUCUCUCUUUGUGUUAUUCCUGUAUCACUAAAUUAGCAUAUGAAGUAUUUCUUUCCAGUAAGAUUAUUGAAAAUAUUUCCAAUAUAUUUUGUGAUGAUGUAAAAAAGAGUUAUUGUUGUCGUCCCGAUCUUAAUUCGCCGUUGCUCUUGUUGUAUUGAACUACUAAUAUUGUGUAUAUAUUAGAUUAUGACAAUGAUUUUUUCUUU